AUGCGCGGAGGGGUGAUGUUUGGCCGUCUGCGGCCCCUGGUGGCGGCGGCUGGGCGGCCCCUCGCCAACCCCGUGGAGCCUCGCCGGCAAUUCCGCACUGGCGAAUCCCGGCAACGCGAUCGCUUCCGAGGUUAUGAGCCGCGUGGUUCCUGGGAUUUUGGGAAGGAGAUGGCGGAGUUCCGCAAGAAGCUGAAGGAAGCCCUUCCCGGUAGCGACUGGAACCCUCUGGGCAUUUCGAAAGAUCUCCCUCCCGAGUGGGCGGACAUAGUCAUUGUUGGAGGUGGGAUAAUUGGCUGGUCCGUUGCCUUCUGGCUGAAGAUGAAAGAGUCGCAGAGAAAUGCAAUUCGGGUGGUUGUGGUUGAGAGGGACCUCCAGUACACCAAAGCAUCUACUGUGCUGUCUGUGGGAGGAAUACGGCAGCAGUUUUCACUGCCCGAAAAUAUCAAGAUGUCCCAGUUCUCGGCCGAGUUCUUGCGCUCGAUCAAUGAUUACCUUGGCUUUUUCAAUGAGCCACCCAUCGAUGUCCAGUUUAAUCCCAUGGGUUAUCUCUUCUUGGCCUCAGAGGAUGGAGCUGCUGUGUUGGAAGAGAAUGUAAAAAUUCAAAGGGCGGAAGCAGCUGAGGUGUCCCUCCUGUCACCGGCCCAACUGCAAAAGAAAUUUCCAUGGUUGAAUACGGAUGGCGUAGCUUUGGCUUCCUAUGGCCUAGAAAAUGAAGGGUGGUUUGACCCUUGGACUCUCCUCAACGCCUUGCGGCGCAAAGCAAUGUCGAUGGGCGUCUUCCAGAGUCUUGGAGAAGUGAUGUCUUUCCAUUGUUCUUCCACUGAAAUGGUGACAGAGGAUGGGGAGCUCAUUAAUUUCCCCCGUAUCAUGGUUGCUAACGUCCAAAUGCCUGACAGUAUAGAGUACUCCCCGAUAAAGUGUUCCAUAGUGGUGAACGCUGCCGGCGCCUGGUCAGGGAGAGUGGCGGAAAUGGCCGGCAUUGGGACUGGGCCGCCGGGGUCACUGGAAGAGAUCAGGUUACCUGUGGAACCUAAGAAAAGGUAUGUCUAUGUCUGGAACUGCCCCGAGGGGCCUGGCUUAGAGACUCCCAUGUUAAUUGACACCACAGGAGCUUACUUCCGCAGGGAAGGCCUAGGUGGCAACUACCUUGGAAGCAUAAGCCCCACAGAGGAUGAAGAGCCCGAUAUCCAGGACCUGGAGGUAGAUCAUGAGUUCUUCCAAGAGAAAGUCUGGCCCAAGCUGGCCCACAGGGUGCCUGCCUUUGAAUCCCUAAAGGUGAAGAGUUCCUGGGCUGGCUACUAUGACUACAACACCUUUGAUCAGAACCCUGUGAUUGGCGCGCACCCCCUCGUAGGGAACCUCUAUUUUGCCUCUGGAUUCAGUGGGCAUGGACUGCAGCAUUCCCUGGCCGUGGGCAAAUGCAUCACUGAGCUCAUCCUGGAGGGAGAGUACAAGACCAUCGACCUCGGGAGAUUCUCCUUCGACAGGCUCAUCAAAGGCGAACAAAUUCUGGAGAAGAACAUCAUCUAGCGGGGCCAGAAAACUGGGAGGAACAGGCUCUGAUGGGGAAAACGCGCCCUCCCUUCCAGCUGGUCCUUGACCACACUGCUGAUUAACGGCAAUCAGCUGGAAGCCUGGAUUUAUCAGAUGCUGCCAAAGAGUGAAGUUUUGCUUCUGUUAAUGCACGGGCUGGAUCCCAGAUAGCGAAAUAGAAUGUCUGAUGGCUGGCGACCCCUAGUUUUCAUGAAGCCCUUGAUCUGCUGGCAUGGAGACAGUCGAGAAGGUGUCAGUGCCUACCUUGCAAGACCAGAAGAUCUUUUUUUUUCUUCAGAAGGAAAGAAGCACAGCAUGCUAACGGGUUGCAUUUUGUAUCGCGCUAUGUACAGUUUUUGGAGACUGUUAAAAUCAGUCCUUGAUUUUGAAGCAAGAGACUUCAUAGGACUGGCAACUGCUGCUCUUGGUCCCCAAUGGAGGAUUUCCGCCAAUUGAUAUCACAGCAUAAUC